CCCAUAUCUUCAGCCAUCAAUCAACCUUGGCCCAAAACUUUCUUUUCCCAAUCAUUCAUUAAACUGGCCUUAAAUAUUGAUUUUCAAUUUCAGUAGUCUAUCCGUUCGACGAAACGCCAAAUCAGAUCAAAGCGACGUCGGAUCUAGCAUCUUCAAGUUACCGUAGAAGCAUCCUCCGGUCACCGGAUUUUUGGAGAAACUGUAGUAAGUUGUUCAUCGGGGAGAUCGGAUUGGAAAUGGGGUUUUUGGUGACAACCCUAAUUUUCGUUGUGGUCGGGAUUAUUGCAUCCCUAUGCAUUAGAAUUUGCUGCAACAGGGGACCCUCUGCAAAUCUGUUACACCUGACAUUGGUCAUUACUGCAACUGUAUGUUGUUGGAUGAUGUGGGCAAUAGUGUAUCUAGCACAGAUGAAACCACUAAUUGUUCCUAUUUUGAACGAUACGGAGUGAUGCGUUACAUGAAAUGCAUAUGCAACCGUUUGGAAACCUGUUUACUUAUUGUGGAGCAAAUUGGGCGUGUGAAGAAUAAAUAUUUAGGGUACGCCAUACACAGAAUCCUUUCGGUGUCAGAGUUGUAUGUAAUUUUUAUAAUUGCAGACUAGUUUUUAUGUUCAUUUUUACAUAUUGUGCUCUAUUGACUUUUGUUCUAAACCUGUUAUAAUCUCAUAUUCUUUUUUGUAAAGAUGAUAGCACAUAUCGUGUACGAAGAAAAUAAGGAAAUGUAUUUGGUAGCUUAUCUGCUGUA